ACGUGGCAAUGACAAUAACAAGUAAGUUAGGUUAUGUUGUAAGCUAACAAGUUUUUCUUAUAAAAUUUAACAUUCCUUAAUAAAGAUUUCUAUGUUAGGGUGUGAAUUAAACCGAUUGUUAUACAAUAUUAUAUAAAUAAUGGAUUCACCUGUGUUCGUAUUAGAGACAAUUCGACAAGGAAUUACCGAAAAUAAUCUGCAGCUUAAAGCUUUAAUUCAAGAUAUUGAUGAAUGUGUGGGGCCUCUUGUAGAACUACAAGCAUUAAAUAAUGCAGGUCGUUCAAAAAUAAGUACUCUAAGAAAAUUAAUAGGAAAGCUAAGCGAUAUUGCAAAAGAAAGUAAGCAGCCACAUUUACUCAAAGAUGUUCUUUUACAUAGAGAACAAUUGGCAAGUAGUAUGGCUGCUUUUAAAAAAGCCAACCUUAAAUCUAUGCUUGCUAUAGAAAAAUGUGCAAAAGAAGAAUUACUGAAACCUAAAAAUGAAGAAACAACCCUAAAACAACGCCAGAAACGUAAUAAAGAACAUAUGGCCACAAUUAGCUCUAAUGUAACAGAUCAACUACUCUCUAUUAGUAGACAAUUAGCAGAUACUACAAAUAAAAGUGCAGUCACUUUGGAAACAUUGGCUAGCUCCUCUGACAGUGUGACUGGUACACAACAGGAACUUAAAGUUACUUCAGGUGUGAUUGGACAAUCUGGUAAAUUGUUAGCUAAAUAUGGGAGACGUGAAUUUACAGAUAAAAUUUUAAUGUGUUUUGCAUUUGCGUUUUUCAUAGCUUGUGUUGUAUACAUAGUUCAGAAGAGGUUAUUUUAAUAAAAGUGAUAUUUAUUUUAGACUAAAAAUAGGACAAGAGUUUUUUUAUUCACCAAUCAGUAAUAGGUGAUAUAUUCUAGAUUGGUAUUUUUAAACCUUUACAUUGCUCCUAUAAGAUAUUUAGAAAUUUUCACAUUGAUUUGAGAAAUAAAAUAGUGGUUUUCUUAUAGGAAUAGAAAUCAUAUUUGAUUUAAUGCAAAUAAAAAAUGUAAAUUUAUUAUAGAUAUCAUGAAAACUAAAGGAAAAUCUAUGUUCACAAGACAAGUUUUUCUUACCUUAAGGAGGCCAUAAAUCACAUUCAAAAUUGUUUUGCAAUUUGUAAUUUUUUAUAUUUAAAAAAGAUGUAGUCUACCUUGACUCUUAUUAAACAUACUAUUUCCACACAUUAAAUUCAUUUUGAAGAUUGAUGGGACAGGAGUGAAUGUACUGUUUCAAAUGUCUACAUAAAUGGAAAAUCUAUGUACUAAAGUUGAUAAAUGAGUUGCUACUAAAUAAUA